AUGUUUUCCGCCGCCCGACGAGCUGUGGCCAGGCCUGCCACGGCAGCCAUUGGCCGAGUGACACUCAAUGCCUAUGCCCGCCAACGUUUUCUCUCUGCUCUUGCGAUUCUGGAGCAGCGUGACGGUCAGCUUAGCGCUGGGUCUUUGAGCGCCGUGACGGCGGCCAAGGUCAUUGGUGGCAGCGUCCACGGUUUUCUGGCCGGUGCUAGUGUCAAGAGCGCCGCAGAGGAGGCUGCCAAGGUCGACGGCAUUGAGAAGAUUCUUAUCGUCAAUAAUGUGGCGUAUGAAAAGGGCCUCCCCGAGAACUAUGCCCCUCUGCUCGUCGAGAACAUCAAGAAGGGAGGCUACACACACGUCAUUGCCGCCAACUCGGCUUUUGCAAAAGGCGUUCUGCCCCGCGUCUCUGCGCUCCUCGACUCGCAACAAAUAUCCGACGUCACUGCGAUCCAGGAUGAAAAGACCUUUGUCCGACCCAUCUACGCCGGCAACGCCAUUGCCACCGUCGAGUCCACCGAUGCCAUCAAGAUCCUGACUGUCCGAGGCACGGCCUUUGCCGCCGCCACCCUCGGCUCCGGCUCUGCUGCCAUUGAGGAGGGCGCCGACCCCAAGGCCGAAGCUACCGCCGAAUGGGUGUCGGAAGACCUCGCCAAGUCCGACCGCCCUGAUCUCGCCACGGCUAGCAAGGUUGUCUCUGGCGGUCGCGGUCUCAAGUCCAAGGAGGAGUUUGACAAUAUUAUGCUACCCCUCGCUGACGCGCUGGGUGCUGCAGUUGGUGCUUCGCGUGCCGCCGUCGACAGUGGGUACGCCGACAACAGUCUCCAAGUUGGUCAGACUGGCAAGGUCGUUGCCCCCGAGAUGUACCUCGCCGUCGGUAUCUCUGGUGCCAUCCAGCACCUUGCUGGUAUGAAGGACAGCAAGGUCAUUGCUGCGAUUAACAAGGAUGCCGAUGCCCCCAUUUUCCAGAUUGCCGACGUUGGUCUGGUAGGAGACUUGUUUGAGAAGGUGCCCGAGCUAACUGAGAAGUUGAAGAGCUCGUAG